AAACCGGCAAAUCCACUUCCCAUGGGUUUGGCUGCUUUUGCCGGAACUGCUUUUGUAUUAUCAUGCAGUAACGCAAACUGUCUUGAUCUUUCAAUUCCAAAUAUUGCAGCUCCAAUGAGUUACUUCUUUGGUGGAUUUGUGUUGGGUCUUGCCGGAUUAUUAGCAUUCUUUCAAGGUGAUACUUAUACAAGUAGUGUUUUUGUUCCUUUUGCUGCGUUUUGGAUGUCUUGGGCUGCUAUAAACACAGAAUCAUUCGGCGUAUUAUCUGCUUAUUCUAAUGAUUCAGAACAACUAGGUAAUGCCUUGGGUUUUUAUUUGUUAUCUUGGGCAAUACUAUGCCUCUUUUUGUGGAUAUGCACCUUUAAGGGUAGAGUUGAUUUUUUCCUUUUAAUUGGAAUGGUUUUCCUACUAUUCCUAGUCUUAUCAAUUGCUAAUUUUACAGGUUCUGCCAAUGUUACAAAAGCUGGUGGUGUAAUUGGUAUAAUAGUAGCUGCUAUGGCAUGGUAUAUUAUGUAUACUGAGCUCGCAACAACUGAUAACUCUUAUAUUAAUAUC